AACACGUGGGAAUCGUGGAAACGUAAAUAUCGACUGAACUAUCGAGAAUUACAUAACAUCGUAUAUCGCAUCGUAUAUCGUGUAGAAUGUUUUAAACAGAAUUUAAAGAAUUUAAAGAAUCUUUUAAUUAUUCUGUAUGACGACAGCUGAUCCCUGCAAACAAAUUGCAUGUAAAUUGCAGAAGUGUUUGAAAGAUAAUGUUUAUCAGCCUUCGCGUUGUCAAGAGGUACUGGAAGAAAUAAGAAAGUGUUGCAUAAAACAUUCUUCUGUCUCUGUAGUUUGUGAUGGCAUUAAUACUUCAAAACCGUAUGAACAUAACACUGUAGAUUAUCGAAAAGCUAUAAGAUAAGCAAUGCCAAAUGAAUACAGGAAGUAUAAGAUACCAAAAAAA